UAUGGAGUAUGGACUUCCCAAGUGACUGCGGAGUGGAGCCGGCGGUGCGCGACAGAAAACUGACGUCACUCGGCCUUGGUGCGGUCACGUGGACGCAGCGUCGACGGGAGGGAAACUCAGCUUCAAACUCACCUCCGGCGUGGAAACGAGGUCUCGAGGGGAAAUCAGCUGGUUCUGGGACCGGGAUGGCAUCACAAAGCCGCCGGAUGGAGGAACAGAGUUGGGUCAAGAGCAAGAUCCAUGGUAAAUUGCAUUACAAACUAGCCGGCGGUCUUGAUCCAGUGCUUCCCCGCAAUCUACAUUGGCCGGAGAGGGACGACGAACUCGAUAUGAUCCCAGCCAAAGACGUCGAGUCCGUCGGUGGUACGGCGCGUCCGGGUGGACAUGACAUGACCUUCGGGAGAAUAUGGCAGGGAAUCACGAUGCAGGCAGCGUUUGGGCUGAUCCAAAAGUCGCGGCGAGAAAAGACGAGGUGGGGCGGGGACUCGUCACGUGAGGCGAGUGGCGACGAAAUGCAGGAGAAAGUGACAAGAUGACAGG